CUGUCGUAAAUAAAAGUUUUAAUUAAAUUUCCCAUAGAAUCUAAUAAGAUUUUGUAAUAAAUUCUAUUAAAAACCAAACUCUACAACGUUCCGCGUGUGCACGAAUAGAAAAGUAGCGGUUUUUCAAAACGUUUCACGUGUUUUUCGCCUUAGAUUUUCGCAUACAAAAAGAAUCAUUCUCAUAUAUUUUUUUGAUAUUUUUUUUUUUGGUGGUGGUGUAUGCGUGCGUGCGUGUAUGUAUGAAAUAUUGACCAGAAGCAGAACAGCGAGCUCUGCCAAAAUAUCCCCAGUGUAUAUAGUACAUGUGUGCGUGUGUGUAUGUCUGCUGCAAGUGUUUAUAUGGGCGCUAGCUGUCGCUGCUGCUGAGUGAGCAGAAAAAAUUAUAUUUUUGUUUACAUUUUUUUCUCCUUCAUUGAAAAAAAGAUCUCCUUAUUGUUGACCUGAAAUUGUGAAAUUUUUUUGCUGAAAAUAUAUGCAAAAAUUCUUGGAAAAUCCGCAGCUAAACAGAUGUGUGGAGUGAAAUGAAACAAAUUAGUGAAAAAAAUCUGUGUUUGAUGAUUUGCCCUUAGCAUUUGACUGACGUUUGCCCCCCUCCCACCCACCAACUGCAGGGUGUUUGACAGCUAUAUCAACUAACACAACAACAACAACGGCAGCAAAUUGAAAAAAAAUAUCAACAACAUACCCCCUGGGCUCCAUCCAUAGGUGGUAGUGGUCAAGCGCAACAGAGGAUAGUAUUCAGGCAGACAGGGCGAACGCCAACGACGAACAGCUUAGCUUCAACAAAUGACUGAAUGUCUUCAUAUUGGCCACAGCAACGAUUUGGUAUCGAGCAAUUGAUUGAUUGAUUGAGUUGUAAACUAACUGCCAAGGAGUGAAUAUUGGAGCUCUCUCAAAGGAAAUCAAACAAAAUUGCCCUAAGAACAAAGCCAACGGUAGCAGAAGCAACAGUGUGGUAGCAACAAAUGUCUGUACAACGAUAAUUACAAAACGAUUAUUAAUGCAGCAACAACACCCGCAGCAGCAACAGCCAUCUCAACAGCAACAAUUAGUCAAACAAACAAUCACACAGCCAUCCUCCUCCACAUCUUCAUCAUCGGCGACGACGGCUACUUCGACCACCUUACAAUUUCAAUUGCAACCGCAGCAACAACCCAGUGUAGCCAUUGCAGCACACACGCAACCAUUGCAACAAGCACAGCCGCAGCAGCAUCAACAGCAGCAACAUUUAACCAACAACAUUAUUGUUGUGCGUGGCUCACGCAACGAGCAUGGCGAAAUUGUUAUUCAAAAUAAGCAGGACAUCUUCACCUUCCUCAGCGAGCACCAUCAACAGCAACAGCAGCAGUUGCAGCAGCAAAAUGAAAAAGCCACCGUGGCAACAUUAACCCAAUUACCGCCAACCACAACUGUUGCACGCAAGACCAGCAUAUCGUUACUAACCAAUACCAAUGGCAACGGUGGUAAUGGCAGUGUGGGUGGAACAACGGUUGGUGGUGGCACAUUGCUGCUAAGUGGAGGAGUUAAUACUUUAAAUAACUCUGUGAGUAGCUCCUCUACGGGCAAUUCCACCACCAUCAUACCAAAAGAAUCGAAUACCAUAUUUCUGCAAACGCCCAUCAAUGCAAGUCAAUUGGAGACGGUGUUGCUGCAAUCGGGACAAUUGAAAAAAUCCAAUUCCACGGUGACCGCAACAACAGAUCGCCCGUUUCUGUUCAAGAAUGUCUCACGCAGCUUAAGCACUGAUAGCAAUCGUUUUGGAGCAGCAGCUACAACAGCAAACUCAUCGACAGCAAAUGGCGAUGACAAAGGACCUUUUGUGUUGCAAACACUGAAACGCUUAGAGAAAUCACAAUCCAUUUUGGUAAUACGCAAUUCAUCAUCAUCUUCGUCGUCGUCGUCGACAUCGUCAUCUUCGAAUACAUCAGGUGCCAAUUCUACCUCAUCCCUAACAAAUUCUUCGUCAUCAUCUUUGGCCACAGCGUUGACGGUCGAACAUAAGCUAAGCUUAUCAUCAUCAUCUUUGGCCUCCAUACAGCAGCAGCAACAACAACAACAUAAGCAACAUACGCAGCUUGUGGCAACGACAGGUAAUGUCAACACAAAAGCCAACACUAUCACCUUUACACGUUCCAAAAAAUCUCAAAAGUCAACUGGAAGUGGACCGGGAUCGAACAAUGCAAACAACAAUCCAAAUGGCAACUCAUCCUCUGCCACAAUCACCACCACCACCACAACCAAAUUGGGUGAUAUUUUAGCCUCGGUCAAGGGUCAGCAGCAACGACACUCCAUCUUGACCAACACCACUACCAAUGGCAAUACGAAAGCAACAAAUGCCGUUGGUGCUGGAGCUGGACCUAAUACAGCACAAACUACAACAACCUAUUUGCGUUUGACAAAUGGCAAUUGCAAUAACAACAACAACACUAGCACUAGCAACAGCAAUAACAAUAGCUCUAGCUCAGCUUCUGCCACUAUUGCCAAUAUUGUCCAUAAAAAUCAUAAUUCUUCACGUGUAAAUCUCAAUGGUACGAAUGUCGAAACAAUGGCAUCAGCCAUUGUCGUUGGAGCCGGCUCAGGAGUGGCAACAUCUAACAGCACACAACACCACACUUCCCAUGCCCAUCAUCAUCAGCAACAUCAUCUAAAUUUGGCCGAAGUCCAGUUGAAACAUGAGAGAGCUUCACCAUCUGCCAGCACAACGGGCUCUGUGAAAACCCUAGGGAGCGAUGGCGAUCCCAUUAAACUACCAGACAAUUUGGAAAGCUUGCCAAGAGCUGACAGUUUCCCGUCACAACGUCAUCGCUGGAAUACAAAUGAGGAAAUCGCUGCGAUUCUUAUCAGUUUUGAUAAACACAACGAAUGGCAAUCUAAAGAAGUUAGAACAAGACCAAAAAGUGGCUCUCUACUGCUUUAUUCCCGCAAAAAGGUGCGAUACCGACGUGACGGCUACUGUUGGAAAAAGCGCAAAGAUGGAAAAACCACACGAGAAGAUCACAUGAAACUUAAAGUACAAGGCACUGAGUGCAUCUAUGGUUGUUAUGUACAUUCUGCCAUAUUGCCCACAUUUCAUCGCAGAUGUUACUGGUUGUUACAGAAUCCCGAUAUUGUUUUGGUUCACUAUUUGAAUGUGCCAUAUCCGGAUGACAACAAAAUGGCUGUUAUAGCGCCCAGUAUUAGUUUGUGGGGUGACAAAAAGGAAUGGACAAAAGAGGAGCUUGUUAGUCAAUUGAAACCAAUGUUGUCAACGGUAACUUCGGAUGACGAUUCAGAUUCAGGCAAUGAUAUAGAAAUAUCGACUGCCGAAACAGUGGAGUCCAUUGUUUGUCAACUGAUGGAGAAACAACGCUUAUCGCGUCAAGCAGCCCUAGUCAAACAGUUGGAUUGUGGUUGUGGUGAUGCUUCGUGUGCCGAUGGCAAGACCUGUACUCAUCCCGUUAUGCGCAGACCCAGCUUAAUUAAAUCUUCGGCGGAGAAACGACUGCCGGCUUCCAAUGUAGCUGAAGGCUUUGGAAAUAAUGGUGCCACACCGAAUGUUGUUGUGGGUCCUAAGCUCUAUUCACGUUGGCUGGACAAGAGACAGGUACGCGAUACCAGCAAUUCCAUGGACACAUCUAAUCCCCAUUAUUCGCAGCAGCAGCAUCAUGGUCAUGGACACCAUGCGCCGACUCAACAGUUGACCCCGGAGUCGGCCAUUAAAUUUCAAAUUAUACCGCCACACAACGAACAGCAGCAACAACAGUAUCGACAUCAUCAUUACAAUGGCAAUACAUCCUCGGCCAAUCAUCAGCAAUUGAUGAAUACUACAAGGAACAAUUUGAUUAUGCAACAACAACAGCAGCAGCAGCAACAACAACAAAUGCAUACCAAUCAAACGAACUUCAAUCAAUUGCAAGUCAACAACACCAACAGCAAUACUAAUGGCAGCCAAAGUUUACAACGAUACAAUAGCAACAACAACAAUUCGCUUCAACAGCAACGUUUCCAAAUUGCCAAAACUACCAUAACAGCAAUGGAUCACAGUAGCAGCAAUAGCAGUAGUAGCACUCACAACAAUGGCAACAGUAAUAACAACAACAUUAUUACUAGUCAACAUCAUCAUCAACACCAGCAAUCAUCAGCCACAGGGACAUCUUCAUCAUCUAUACCACAAUCCACAGCCAUGUCCAAUCAAAUUAGUGCCAGCGCCUCAACUGUGGGAGCUGGCAGUGGUUUAGAUGUUAAUUUGUUGACUCAUCAACAACAGCAGCAGCAACAACAUACAACGAAUUCUGGCAGCAGUAAUACAAAUAACAAUAAAACUAACCACAACCCAAAUAUCAACAACAACAACAACAGCAUCAUGGGUGCAUCAGCACAUGCAAAUGGUGUAACAUCGGCCACCACAGCAACAACUGGCACUUCCGUUUCCACAAUGCUACAGCAGCAGCAACAGCAAAAGCAAAAUGAUUUAAAUGCCAUAAAUAAUAAUGGCAGUAGCAAUGCUGCAACAACAUCAAACAACAACAAAUUCACAACUAAUUACAAUCAUCAACAGCAACAGCAGCAACAACAACAACACCACAAUCACCAUCAUCAAAUAAAUACUUCCAAUAAUAAUAAUAAUUCAAUUCUAAGUCAUCAUGGCAAUGGCAGCAAUUCAGCCACCAACACUCAACAGCAGCACCAACAACAACAACAAAAAUCGGAACAGCAAUUUUAUAAGUUGUCACACAAUAAUAACAAUAAACAUCAACAACCGCAACAGCAACAACCCCCUUUAACAGCAUCCGCCUCAUCAACUGUCGAACCCAUGUGCAUGUCCCCAGAACAUCAACCCUCCUCCGCCGCCCCAUCAUCGGCAACGGCAGCAGCAUCCCUACACAAACACUCAAACAAACAGCAACCGCAUUUAAUGAUGUCUUCAUCCGAUUCAAUUUCUGAAUCUUCUUCAUCCCUUUCGUCGUCUUUGUCAUCGUCAUCCCAGAAUUUUAUCGAUGUAAAUCAAAAGUCCACUCCGACUGCAUCCUCCUCAACGACGACCACAACAGAAAAUGCAAAGAUGUCUUCGAACAACGAGAUGAAAACUUCCACUAAUAAUAAUAAUAAUAAUAAUAAUAACAAUAGCAACAUCAUAACUGAUAACAACAACAGGAACAAUCAAUUAGAGGACUUCAACAAUUGUACUAUUAAUAAGAAUAAUAAUCCAACAGGUUGUGCAGCAUCAUCCGAAGCUUCCAAUUGUAACAAUUCCAUGUCGAUUCAAAACCCCAGCUCCUCUAACCAAAAUCCGACAACAACAAACAACGUGAACAAUGAUAAUUUACACAAUAACAAUAAUAACAACAACAACAACAACAACAACAUGGCCAAUCCUGGCUCAAUUGGUUUUGAGGCUAUUGAAACUGAUCAGCAGCAUGGCAUAGAACAGCCGGUUCAGCAUCAACAGACGAACUCUACAGAAUUGCAUGAUACCCUGGGUUUCUUUAAUGAGACCCUGGAUUUGUCGCAUGAGGAUAUACAAAGGACUCUCAUAGCCAAUAUGCCCAAUGAAAACACCUUGUUGACCUCUUUGGAUUUCAUGAAUUCCAAUGGUGGACAUCAUUCCAAUGAUGGCGUUGGGGCCAGCCCUCUUGCCGCGUCGGUGCAGUGUGAGGCAGAUCAAUUGUCGGCAGGGGCCGAGGCCGAUGAUGAAGACACCGAUGAUGUGUUUGCCCAUUUGGAUGCAUUUGAUAUGCUGGUGGAAUUUCCUGAACUGGAUUUGGAUGACAAACAGGCCUUAUCGAAUACCGCCUUGGAGCAGGCAGCAGCUGGAGUCACCGCUCAUCACAAUGACGCCGGCUUAGAGAGUUGUCAUCCCCAUAUGCACAACAAUCUUUCGCUGUAUGAGAGCAGUGUGUCCACACAUGAUUCCGAUGGAGCUUGCGACAAAAAGUUCUUGAAAAUCUGUGACUAUAGCCCUGAUUGGUCAUAUCCCGAAGGUGGGGUAAAGGUUUUAGUGGCUGGGCCCUGGACAAUCGAUUGCCAUUACACUGUGUUGUUUGACUCACAGCCCGUGCCAACGGUAUUAGUGCAGGAAGGUGUCUUGCGCUGCUAUUGUCCUGCCCAUGAGGUGGGCUAUGCCACCAUGCAAGUAUCGCUGGAUGGCUUUGUCAUAUCAGACUCCGUUAUGUUCGAAUAUAAAAUGUCGGCAUGUCAAGAGGCUCCCUUCGAUGCCAACACCAAUGAUUGUUUAUAUAAAUUUUCAUUAUUCAAUCGCUUAUCGACCAUAGAAGAAACGAUGCAGGCAAAAGGCCAAAGCUUAGAAGUCCUGCCGGCAUCUCAGCAAAUUUUUUCCUUGCAAGGCAAUUUGGAGGAUAAAUUGGUCAGCUACUGUCAUCAGUUAACGAAAAUGCAAUGGCAAAAUCAUGCCACAAAUGGUGCUGGCUGGACCACAGGCUACAAGGGUAUGACCCUAUUGCACUUGGCAGCAGCCUUGGGCUACAACAAGUUGGUGUGUGCUCUCCUGACAUGGCGCACCGAAAAUCCCCAUAUCAUAUUGGAAACAGAGAUAGAUGCAUUCAGUCAAGAUGCUCAUGGCUACACGCCAUUGACCUGGGCUUGCUCUCGUGGCCAUUUGGAGACAGUCACGUUGCUGUACAAAUGGAAUCAAAAUGCUUUAAAGAUUAAAAAUCAUGCUCAACAGACACCCCUGGAUGUGGCCCAUGUCAAAGGUUAUAAGCUGGUGGUAUCUGAACUUUAUCGCCUGGAACACGAACGCAAAAAGAAACAAAGCAGAGGGUCCCUGAGCAGUUUGUCCAUAAACCUAAAUAAAUAUUCGCUAAGCAACGAUGAUGGUGAUGAUAACCCUUCAUUCACAGUAUUUGAUACUUCUGAUCCCUCCCAGCGUAGCCAUGAUGGUGUAUUUUUAAGACCAGUCGCAGUGAGCAGUAAUCAAAGUCCCCCAAAUAGCAGCCGUUUUUCCAAACGAUCUUCCAUAGAUAGCGGUAUUAGUAUGGAUAUCAGAAGUAAACCGGUAAAAACCUUCAAGGAUCUGACCCGUCUACACAGUCUUGAUGCACAUGACAAUUAUGGAGGGAGUUCCAAUGAAUCAGUUUUGGAUUCGAUUGCAGCUCCCAUAAAUACAACAAAUACUUUGCUCUCACCUUUAAGGAAAAUGGAUUUUGCCUUAUGGGAUUCAGAUGCCAAAGUUUUAACUCUAGCUGAACAUAUCAUAGCUGCUAUGCCAGAGCGCAUAAAGAAUGAGGCUGAUGAAAUGAUGGUUUUGGGUAGUCCCAUGACAGAGCCCUUAAAUUCCGAGUCAUCGGGUUUAAAUGACAGUUUUAUGGAUCCCCUUUUGGAUUCCCUGCCCAAUGCCCAUUUCGAUAAUGAAUUUAAUUUUGAUUUUAACGAUCACACAUAUCGUUACCAUGAAGUCAGUACCCCCUGUUCUAGUCUAAGUCCGGCCAGUUCAGGCCCAUUACAGUCACCGGCCAGUUACUCCAUACUGGGUCAUGAUCCCUCAGUUAGUUCACCUAGUCCGCCACCAUCUACCAAACAGCUGACGGAAUUUCUACAUGCCUCCAGUAAUUCCCAAUAUCCAUUUGAAGCAGAUUUUUCCAAAUUAACUUUGACCGAUACCGAACAACGAGAACUAUAUGAGGCUGCAAAAUGCAUACAAAAAGCCUAUCGCUCUUACAAGGGCCGUCAAAAAUUGGAGGAACAAAAUAAGGAACGCACCGCCGCCAUUGUUAUCCAAAACUACUAUAGACGCUAUAAACAAUUUGCCUAUUAUCGCCAAAUGACCAAUGCCGCUUUAGUUAUACAACAUGGCUAUCGUUCAUAUUGUCGAAAUAAACGUUUCAAAAAAUCUCAAAACACCUCCAUAAUGACUCCAGGUGGCUCGGUGUUGCAUAACACCGAUAGCCAGGAUAGCACCAAUUCUCAAUGCUUGUCGAGCUUUUUUGAUAAUUUUGCCAAACAGGAACAGAACAACGACAGUUCACCGCAAUCCUGUACAACGCCAAAGGAAACAAGUCCUUCGGGUCCAUUAAAACGUACUUAUUCACAAUCUACACAGAAUCAAGCUGCCAGAAAAAUUCAACAGUUCAUGCGACAGUCGCGCAUUAACAUUUGGGAUGGAAGUUUAACAACACUGACUUCAGAGAGAACGAGCCGAAAAAGAGAAGCUGGUGCACCAACGCAGGGCGGAAUACCUUCAAAACUUGCAGUAUCAAGGACAACCGGAAAUUGUUUGCCCAAUCGAAAAGAGUUAAAAAAUAAUUAAAAAUGCAAUUGGCUACAUCCGCAAAUUCCGACAAGUCUUCAAAGAAAUGGGAAGUUGAAGUGAAACUCUCCGUCUGCAUAACACUGCUGAAGUUCCAUAGGCUCCACUUCCUCGACGUCCUUACAGCAACUGCAGAAAAGAUGCCUGUUUUCCUGUAGCGAAAGACAUAAUUCGACAUCUGUUCUAGCCAACGUUAUCAUAACGGUAGACCUCGUCAUAUUUAAAUUGGUCACCAUAAUCAAGUCCUGGAAGAUCGUCUGCUGUACACCCAGAACAGGUAAAUUUCAACUCUUAGAAGAUCUGCAACAGUCAAGGGCAUUUUUUUUUUAUAAAUUCGUUGUCCAGAGGUUUAAGGGCUGCUUGGCUGCCUUAAAAUAUAUUUGAGCCAAUCGUCGCACAGUGGGAUGGAGAAAAAAAUAAGUGGAAAUAAAUCUGCCAUUUCAGAACGAAUAGAGAUGUCGUCAUGAAAUUUUACAUGGUUAUAGCUGAGGUGUUAUCAAAAAAUUAUAAAAAAAUGAGUAAAAAUUUUGGCCACAUUUCUUGAUGACCCAAAAUCCCCACACUGGGGAAAGAUGUUUCCAAAAUUGACAUUUUCUAGUAAAAUGUCCGUAGAGAUCUCAAUUCUUGGAUGGCGCAAAAGCCUCCCAACCCCGAAAUUCUCCAAAGACAGACAUAUUGGACGUGCAUGGCAUGGUACCUUGCAAAUCUCGCCAACACUAAGAGUGGAUAACCACCGCUUUAAAUUUUGUCCAAUGUUCUCGCCAGGAUUCAAACACAGACUUUCAGCGUCAUAGGCGCACAUAGGCUACAGUGGCACGAAUUAGAACUAACUUUUCAAUAAAAACCUCCCCCGGCAACACGUUGUUGGUUGUGGAGUUUACCGGAAGUUCUAGUGUUUCCUGACAAAACAUUUCCAACAUUCUCUGACUUCUGAAACUACCCUUACAUAGUAGGUGUGGAGCACAGGAUCUUCCGUAGCCUAAGACCUCAAAUGUAUCUUUCAUAGAGCUGCUGUAUUCAAUGCAUGCAACUUUUUCAGGUCGUCCUCGUAUUUUCUUAACUCACCUUACCUUAUUUGAUGUCGAAUUUUGACUUCUGCACAAAGAACUUAUAUUUCAAUAAAAACCUCCUGAGGCACCGGUAAACUCUGCCACCUUCUAUGGGAGUUCUAGUGUUUCCUGACAAGAAAUUCUCGAACAUUGUCUGACUUCUGAACCUACCGUCACAUAGAAGGAGUGGAGCAUAGGAUCUUCCGUAGGCUAUGGGCUUCGAAUGUAUCUUUAAUAGAGCUGCAGUAUUCAAUGCAUGCAACUUUUUCUGGUCGUCCUUGUUUUUGCUUGACUCACCUUAUUAGACGUCGAAUUUUGCCUCUUGUACAAAGAAUUAAACUCCUCCGGUACCACGUUGUUGGUUGUAGGUUUUACCAUGAGGCUAUGGGCCUCGAAUUUAUCUUUCAUAAAGCUGCAGAAUUCAGUGCAUGCAACUUUUUCAGGUAGUCCUUGUAUGGUUACAGAGUUCACCGGGAGUUCUAGUGUUUCCUGACAAGACAUUUCCAACAUUAUCUGGCUUCUGAAUCUACCCUUACAUAGAAGGUGUGGCACAUAGGAUCUUCCAUAGCCUAUGGGCCUGGAAAGUAUCUUUCAUAAAGUUGCUGAAUUCAAUGCAUGCAACUUUUUUAGCUCGUCCUUGUAUUUUCUUAACCCAGCUGUUAGGUUAUUCUUAACUCAGUAGAUGUCGAAUUUUGUAUUGCCCUUGAGUCUUUCGCCAGAUUGAGCUGUCUUUUGCAACCCGUAGUACUUCUGUUUAGAGGAGGAACUUCUCAUUCAUAUAUCCUUUCGCUCAUAUUCUUUGGUACUAAGAUAACAUCUAGUACCUCCCUCCUGUUCCUCGCAAAAAAAGGUUGGUCUAUUUCCUCUCUUGCAAAUAUUCAGAUUGCAACUUUCAUUAACAUCUAAAUUUUUCCAUAUCUGGUAAUGUUCGGCAACUUACCCAUAAUGAGGUUCUUCUUUACUGCAGAAUCAUCAUACACCAGCAACUUUAGGUUUACAGACGACACAACUAGAAGUGCGAUUUUCUUAUCUCAAGACUGGCAACUACUACAACAUCUUCAAGGCUUAGAGAUAGUAAUACAUUACUACAACUCUACUACUACUACUUCUCCUGGCAAGAUAUCAUGCACUUUAUCUCCCAUUCCAAGCAUCUAUUCUAAGUCCACGAACCACUUCUCCAUUCACCCAUGGUUCCUGGAUACGAACAACUUCAAAUUCCUCCGCCACCAGGAGGAUUUUAAAAAUGUAAAAAGGAUUUGUGUUAAACUUAUUUUAUUAAAUUUCUCAUAUUGUUUUUUUAUAUAAUUUACAAUUUUUAAUUUUAAACUUUGGUUAUUCCGCAUUUUAUUGCUUCGAUUCCCAGAUGCCUCCUUAAAAAACCUCCUCUAUUUAAAUCUAUCAAAUAAGCUGGGGUUAUUACUCAUGCAAAGAGAAUUUCAAUGCGCCGCUUAAGGUGUUCUGUAAAUAUCAAAUACAUACUUAUUAUUUUGGAAGAUUCUAAAACAGAAAGAUCACUUCAAAACUUAUCCAAAUGAAACGUAAUCAGAACUUUGAAAGCCUUUUUUAGAGUGUUUAUUUUUGUCGUAUUACAAAGCAAAUCGAACUAAUUCUCUAGAAUCAAAACAUAUAGUAUAUACACACAUAUAUAGAAUUUUUUUUAUAUAUUUACUAAAAAUGUCUUAAUAUACUUAGUAUAUAAAGAAGAUGUAUGUAAAAAAAUUAUAAAAAUUAAACAAAAAAAAAACUUAAAACAAAUACUUUAACCUUAUAUUCUCUAUUCGUAUAUAGAUAUAUGAAUAUAUUAUAUUUAUUGCUUUUAACUUAAAACUAAACCUUAUUGCUCUUACCAAAUAUGAUAGUUGCUAGUCUCUGAAUAAUGGGAAAUGUAAUCAACCUCCUCUUUCACACCACAUACUACUACACUAGCAUGUAUUCACAAUUAAUUCUUCCUUUUUUCUAUUUUAACUUAACCUAAAACAGUUUAGAAAUGUAAAACUAAGACUUACUACCUACUAUGUAUAUUCGAGAGGAUGUCCCCCGUUCUAAGAGUUGUUAGAGUUUUUUCAAAUUGACUUAUUUGUUAUACUUGUAGUUUUUUCUAUGUUCUACUUAAAUAGUUGGUUUUUUAUUGUUAUUAUUUUUUUUAUAUCUUUACUGUAUAUGCAUAUUUAGUAAACUAUAAGUUAUGUGUUUCGUUUUUAAUUUUGAAUAUUCUGCCGAACAAAUGUAAUUUGUAUAAUGAAAGUUAACUACAGUUGGGUUGUUGGUAUAUUUGUAAUUUGUUAACUAAGAAAUCUUUACCUAGUACAUACACACACAUACAUAGAAAUUGAUUUAUUAUUUUUAAAUUACCUUUUAAUUGUUGUUUCAAAUCUUUAUAUUGUGACACUGAAUAUUUCAAACAAUUUAAAUAUUUUCUAAUUUUAUUGUUUUAAAAUAAAUACAUUGAUAAUAUUUUGUGUUAAUAA